CAACGUUUGGAGCGGCGUUUUUGCCCAAGUCGUCCGUUGUCCAUGGUAGAUACUCCGGAACAAAUGGAAAGAAAGUCUUCUGGUCGUUCUCCGUCUGCAGGACCCACCAAGGGGCAGUCGCAGGAUGGAAAUAAGAGUGGAAAACAAGAAACUGGCAGAGGCCGAGGAAAUGCAGGCCCCAAGUACGACAGGAAGAGAGAACCCAACUAUGGCGGCCGGACACGACCUGGGGGUCCCGGCCCAGGGAGACGGCCUCAGACACAGAAGACAUUUGACAGGUCCUUCGACAAGCGUCCACGGUCCAGAUGCAAUACUAGUGAUUACAAUACCAGGAGAUGUGAUGAGGUAGCGAAGGAGGGCGAGGCUGAGGUUGGCUCAGCCUUGCAGAAAGGUUCUCGCAAGAUGAACCUGAACCAUUUACUCAACUUUACCUACGAGCGGAGGGAGAACGCCUCCCAGUACGGAGGGGGGCAACACUCUUCAUGGAAGAGCAGGAACAAGUGGGGUCGCAAAGGCUCGGGGGCAGCACACCCCUUCAACAAGGAGCAGUUUCUUCAGUCAAACUGCCAGUUUGUUGUGCGUGAUACGGGGGACUACACUGUUCACUCUGCAGAUCCAGACACUCUGGUAGACUGGGACAGCAUUGAACAAGUGCGCUUGUUCAGUAAUGAGGUCCCGUCGUGUCCCAUCUGCCUGUAUCCCCCCACUGCGGCUAAGAUCACCCGCUGUGGCCACAUCUACUGCUGGCCCUGUAUCCUGCACUACCUGGCACUGUCUGACAAGUCCUGGAGGAAGUGUCCCAUCUGCUAUGAUGCUGUCCACAAGAAGGACCUUAAAAGUGUGGUUGCUAUGGAAGCCCCCCAGUACGCAGUUGGCGGCACCAUCACCAUGCGACUUAUGAAACGUGAGCGUGGGUCUGUCGUAGCACUGCCGGUGUCCCAGUGGAAACAGAAGGCAGACAAAGGAGCUCAACCUUUCAAUAUAGAUGAUGAGGUGGACACUCGCUUUGUGAAACUCCUGGUUGCUUCCAGUGACCAGGUACAUACUCAGAUCAUUGGCCCAGAGAAGGCCAUGCUACAGGAUCAACUGGAAAAGGAGAAAGAUUGCCCAGAAGCCUGCUUCAUUGAGGCCGCCCUGAAGAGUCUUACUGAACGUGAAGAGAAGACCAUCAUUGAGAAGCAGGUGGGACAGCUUACAGCUGCCGCUGCAGGGCUGAGCACAGAGGAGGGAGGGCAGGAGGAGGAUAGCAAUGAGGACAAACCUUCAGAGAACAAUCCUUCAGAGAACACCUGGCAAGCCUCCAAGCCCUCGGUGGAAUAUGCAUCAGCCUUUUCUGAUGAGGAGGUAGAAAAUGAGGCUCCUCUGUCUCCCAUCGCUGUGGAUGGCAUCCUAGAGCCAGCCGAAGAAACUGCAACCCUGCCUGUCCCUGGUACUGGAAACCAGGAAGAUCAGGAGCACAGUGUUGGUGAAAACAAAGAAUCAGAUGUAGCUUUCGAAGAAGCUACAGCCAUCUCUGCAGUCGGUGGAGAAACUACAGCCAGCUCUGCAGUUGGUGAAGAAACUACAGCCAGCUCUGAUACUGCUUCCAAUCAGGGAGCAGCAGCAGCUGGUCAGGAGGCAACCAGCCUCCCAUAUGGGGCCAAGAACUUCUUUUAUUUCUACCAAGCUGAUGAUGGCCAGCACUUAUACCUUCAUUCUCUGAACAUCAAGUGCCUUGUCAAGGAGUAUGGAAGCCUGGAGAACUGUCCUGAAAUCAUCAGUGGCAAGAUUGUGGAGAUAGACCAAGAAUUCAUGACAGAAGAUGUCCGCAGACGUCUUCGCUACCUGAGCCACCUGCCGCUGACCUGUGAGUUCAGCGUGUGCGAGCUCGCCAUCAAACCUCCGCUGGUAUCCCGGGCAACACUGCGCUUUUUUGAAGAUGAAGUUCAGAAGAGGAAGCAGGCUCGGGCCAAGAAGCAUCGUCAGGAGCAGCGGCGUGACCGCAGGAUCUCAGAGGAAGAGUCCAAGAAAAUGCUGGGGAAAUAUCCUGACCUGCGGUCUGCCCUGGAGAGCCGAUACGAUUUCCCGGAGUGGCGCAACCCUCUGUACCCACAGAACCCAGAGUUCGAGCUGUCCCAGAGUCCAGGGUCCGCCUCCUCUUCUUCUGUCCAGACUCCUAUAGGAUCACCAGGUUCUAACUUGAACCCUGCUGCAGUGGAGUUUGUGCCAGGAGGAGCAGCUGCAGCUGCAGCUGAAGCAGCUCCAGAGGACACAUCACCCUUCUAUCCACCACCACCCUCCUUCGCUCAGAUGUUGAGGGAGGGCCAAGCUAAGCCAGAAGUUUGGCCACGAGCAGUGGUAGCCAAGGAACAAAAAGUUGAACCAGUCCGUAAGGCGCGCAGCAGUGCAGACAGUGAGGACGACGAGCCCGGCGAGGACUGGGUUCCUGCGCCGACCUACCAGAACUCCUUCAGCGAGGCCAUAGCACAGGCUCUAGGCAGCCUGGACGGAUCUGCAGAAGCAUCAACUGAGGCUCCGACAUCAGGAGGAAAGAAAAAGAAGAACAAAAAUAAGAAGAAACUGUUGUUCUCCACCUCUGUUAUUCACUACAAGUGACGUGCUGCAUGGUGCCAGUGUUGUUGUGACCAUUCAUGCCUCGAAUAUUAGUCAUUGCAACAAAUGAGAAGUAAAAGAAGUAAGAUGUUGCAGCCGUGAAAACAGCAGGAAACUGUGUGCUCUAUAUGGCGUAUAUUGCUUGAUAGACAUGAGAAAAGCUGAAUUUGUGGGCAAAGCAAAGCAAAGCAAAACUCCAAAGUUGUGUAUGCAAGAUGUAAUGAAAAAAGUUCAUGUCUUUGUAAGCCUUCUAUCAUUGGUCACAUUGAAUUUGGAAAGAAAAAAAGUCUUGGAUUUACUUGAAGCAAGUGCAAUGGCAAAUGGAAGCUCCCUUAAUGUACAUUUUGUACCUUGAAAGUUUGGAAAGCUCUUCUGUAUGUAAAAGGCAAAAAUGAGAAUGAUGGAGCUCUUACCUCUAAUAUGGAGAAUGAUGUUAGAAUUUGAAAAAAAAAGAAAGAAUUACGGAAUAAAUUUGAAGUGACAUUUGUUAUCUGAUUCUUGAUUCUUCGCUGCUUGUCUUGAUGUAACAGUUUGUUUCAUUUAGCUAAAAAUCACUGCUUCCGAAUUUCUCAAACAUAUCAUACUCAAUUCCUGUUGUAUUCACAAUUGACUAGUCCAUGGACAUUAAUUAGCAAAGUCAAUGGAAGUCCUUCUCUUGACUUUUCAACCCACUGUUAACCUUGGCCUUCACCACAUUCAUACCUAACAUCGUUGACUAUUUGUAUCAACUUAUUACAUUAUAGUUUUCAUGAAGUUAAUGUUGAUUGAGAAUCUUCACGUGAUGCUCUUAACAUAAUCAGAUGUGGAAAGGUUGAAUAUCCCAGUCAAUAUAUCAGUUUUUUUGGUUACAUAACUGUCAACAGUUGACUAUAUUUUGAUUUAGUCUACCUAGCCUCCAAACAUACUGGUAAAGUUUAGAUGAAGCAUAAUUUGACUUGUUGAGAUGUGACUUUUUCAUUUUAUUUAAAUGGUCUUCCAGUGGAGUUGAUGAGUCUUCAAUGAUAUUGCAUGGAAAUAGGUGUGCCAAGCAACAGAUACUGCAAGUGAUACAAGUAUAACUGUACAGCCCUACGGUCAAGUCUGCAAAUGUGUCCAUGUGUUCGGCAACGUAUUGUGAAUGUGGGCCUGUAAUGCAAGCAUUUUGUAGCCUUCAAAUGAGUGAAAUGAUGCUGACUUAAAAGACUAGGCAACUUGAAAACUUGUCUUAAGUUACAAGCAACCUAAUAUAGAGACAUAAAGAUCUUUUAAGGACUGCCUGUAUUCUGCAAUACUUGACGUGGUAUGAAGACUGCCCUGCUGAAAAUGAAAUGAAAUCUGAAGCACAAUUGAUUGUCAGAUAUAUGUACAUUUGUAGAAGGUGGAGAAAAUGCUGCUAGAUAGUACUAUUGGUAGUAGUGAACAUCAUUGAAAAUGGUUAUCAGAAAUAGAAAGAGAGCACUUCAAGGCCCAUUGCAUUGAUGGUAUUGUUCGAAGAUGAUGAUUUCUAUGUUUAUAUAGUCUUUGGUAACAAGAGUUAUACAGAUGAUACAAAAAUUAAUGUGGCAUACUCUGCUGGAAGUUUUGGACUGUUGUAAGAUUUUACACAAUGUCUUAAGUUACAACAUUAGUUAAAAACUGGUACAUAUAGAAUACAACACGGUGUAUUCCGUAUCACCCGAUGUAUCAGCCCGACCCGUGGGAAGGCUGGGACAAAGGGUGAUGCGGAAUACACCGUGUUGUAUUUUAUUUAUGUCAUACCCACCUAAGAAAACCUGUUUUGAUGAGAAAUGCGCCAGAAGUUGAACAAAUUUGGUGCCCUCGAACAAAAAGUGUUGCAACAGUAAUGUUCCAACGUCUGAAUCAGGUAUUCAAACAUUCGAUGGCGCCGCACUCUGCCCACUUGAAACAGUUCGAUUCAUUCGAAUGGAGCCUGUGUGAUACGCCUUUUGAACUGGUCUGAUACGGAAGUUAUGGCCCGGUCCGGAACACCCGUAUCAAACGUUUUCGUGUCACAGGUAUGACAUAAAAGAAAUUAUAGUACUCCUGCCAGUAGGUUUUGGUAUAGAAAUGCCAAAGUAGGCAAGUGACAAUGAAAUGAAGUAAAAGCAAAUUGGUCAAUGGAUUCAAAUAUGUACCACUUGUUUAUUAGAUGAAACACAAGGUUUUAUGAAACAGAUCUAGGCAUAUGUUGGAACCUUUGUUAGAUACUGGAUAUGUCAAGGAGGUUCCUUGGAUAUGUGAACUUUGCAGCCAAUGUACAUCUGCCUGAAAAGGUCCAUACUGGUAAAUGUAUCAGGUAUUGGUGCAGCUGAAAAGAAUAUUACCGAGAUGUAUUGAGAAAA